AUGUGCUCUCCAGGUUUCUCUUGUGACUCGGCACUGCAGGUUACUUAUAUUGUUAGGGGUAGUGGCCGUGUUCAGGUUGUUGGUGUCGACGGAAAACGUGUCUUGGAAACAACUAUUAAGGGUGGUAAUUUGUUCAUUGUGCCAAGGUUUUUCGUUGUUUCUAAGAUUGCUGACCCUGAUGGCCUGGAGUGGUUCUCUAUCAUCACUACUCCCAAUCCUAUAUUCACUCAUCUAGCUGGAAGGACUUCAGCGUGGAAGGCAUUAUCUCCCCAGGUGCUGCAAGCGUCCUUCAAUGUGGCUUCUGACGUAGAGCAGCAAUUCAGCUCGAAGAGGAUGUCAGAUGCCAUUUUCUUCCCUCCUCCUAAUUAA